UUGAACACGAAUUAGUUCUGAUCUGUUCUGGAAUCGGAAACAACACUCAACGAUCAGUCUUACAUUUCAAGUCGAGGAUAAGAGACAGACAUUUUUUUUUGAGGAAAAUCUCACUUUUCUCAAUUUUCAAUAAUUCAAUAGUCAACUUUCAGUAAUUUAGAUUUUAAUUGAAAGUAAGAGUAAAAUCAAUCCAGGGAAAUGACUUCCUUAGAGAAAUCCUAUCUCCCCCAAUAUAUCCAGUACGACUCAAAACCUGUCGGCGAAUAUGCCCGACUGGACAAUGAGGUCACUGAGUACUCCGAAGUUCCUGAGGUUGUCACCUUCCCCGCAAUCCCCCACCACGGCAUUGCCAUUCACAGUGACACCGGCGGAUAUCAGCAAAACCUCGCCAAUCAGACUAUCUAUCCACCCCUGACGCCACAAAAAAAUGGGAUCGAACCAACCCACAAGACUCCACUGCUCGCCAAGAAGAAGAAAAUUGUCCCGACAAAGACUAACUUUUUCGGAAUUUUGUUAGCUUUCAUUUCUGGAGUAUUUUUCACCCUGUGUUCCGGUACUGUCAAAUAUUUGACGGAUAUCGAUCCGAUGGAGUUGCUCAUUUUUAGGUCACUGUUUCAGGUCGCAGUGACGCUGCCUAUCGCAAUAUACAUGAAACAGAACCUCAUGGGUCCGGAGGGAUCAAGACUGCUACUCUUUUUCCAAGGAAUCAUUGGAGGUACGACGCUCGUCAUGUUGUUCUAUUCCUUCAGGCUGCUUCCACUGGGAGAUGCGGCCACCAUUAUUUUCAGUUCUCCCGUCUUCGUGAUGGUCAUGUCCCACAUCUGGCUUCGAGAACCGUGCGGCUUUUACCGCACUUUGAUCGUCUUCAUGCUCGUUACUGGCGUCGUUUUCAUCACAAAACCACCAUUCCUCUUUGUCCGUGAAGGUGAACACGAAGAUUACAACAUGCUCGGAUAUGCAGCCGCCAUUUCUGGCACGAUCUUCACCGCCUUGAACAUUGUCAUCAUGCGAAAGUGUAACAAGUGUCACUUUUCCGUGGUCGUGUUCCAAUUCUCCUUCUGGUCUCUGGUCAUCAGUACGAUUAUCCUGUUUGUUGGGGGACAACCGGAAGUUCCGCAUUUAGAAACGGUGCAAUGGGUGUUGGUCCUUUUCGUGGGGAUUUUCGGACUUUCUGGUCAAAUCUUGGUGGCUAUUGCGCUCACGUAUGAGGGAGCAGGAAGAGUGGCGGUGACCAGGUCGAUGGAUAUCGUGUUGGCUUAUGUCUUACAAGUCAUCAUCUUUAAUGAAGUUCCCGACUGGCGAUCGGUCAUGGGGGCGAGCAUGGUCAUGAUUUGCGUUAUCGGGAUGGGAAUAGAAGAUGUCGUUCACAAAUGGAUGCAUAAUCUCCCUUAAAAAAAUUGAUCCCAUAUAAUUUUUUCACGAGAUACAUACACAAUAGUGGGUAAAACUCGCCAUAUUUAUUCUACUCUAAUCAUACAAACUUAAUAUUACUCUAAUCGACAUUGUACAUAUAAAUAUGUUACUUGAUACCUUAAAAUAUUUAUGGUUUAUUUUACAAUGAUAUGAAAAAAAACAAUGGAACAAUUAAUGCAAGCAUCUUGCUCUCUCAUGACCCCAUCGUUCUUCACAUUAAUACUAAAUACAUAUAUGUACGUACGUACUGCAUGUCAUUAUAUUGUGUAAUACGAGCAAACAAACAACGGACGGAUGCAUGAAAUGGAAAUUCUGUGUACAAAACCAAAUAGCAACAAAACCGAGAUGAGCAACGCUAAAAAUCUGCACAACCAUCAUCACCUCGUUUGACUUUGACAGUUGGCAAUGAACCAGGCCACCAAAGGAAAAAACAUGAAAAGCAGUAAAGUUAGCACAACGGCAAAAAGUGCACAGAAAAAUACGCAAACCUACCAAAUUGCAAUAAACCAGAGCCCAAAUCUUGACUCAAUGUUUACACUAUA